UUAAUUUAAAAAGGAAAGUACUGUGAAUUAAAAUGACAAUUAACAUGGCUUAUUCAAGAAAAGGAAUUAUUUCAUCCAGCGAAGAUGAGAGGACUUCGAAGAUUCACCGCUUUUUAAUCGAGCAGUUAUUGAUAAAAUUAAACAAACCUCUGAAAACAGUGAAAAUAAAAGAGAAAAAAGAAAGAGAAAAGAUAUUGAAAAAGCGAAUGGGACUUUUAUCUCAAGCAGCGAAGAGAGCGAUGUCGGAGAUGGCACCGAGGACGACAUUCAAGACGACAAAAAAAGAGAGAAAGGUAGCAAUGACGAGGAUCCAAACCCCGUCAAAUGAGUCAAAGGACGGGGUUUAAAAAUAACAAGUAUUAUCUAAUUUUCAAAUAUUUAGUACUAACCAGUAAUAUUUGGGGCGUGUAAUAAUGUAUUCAUUUGAGCGCUCAUCAAUAUAAAAAUUAAUAAUAUUGCCGCCGCUGCUGCUGCCGUGUGUAUGGUCGCGCGGUGGUGGCGGUGGCGCGCGUGAUGGCAUCAGCUUCAUUUUCGUUGCGAAGACAGGGCAAAGAUGGCUAGACCUAAUCUUUAAUGGUGGAUAGAAAAAUAUAGACUUUGUUCUUUUUUGUGGAGAAAUUGGUGUGAAUGAAGAUGCUUUGAAAUAUCUUCCUGCAUCAGUUUCUUCCAAGAAUUGUGUUGCAUUGAGGUAAGAUUUUAUUUUCUGUAAUUUCCAUUUCUGAUUAUUGCUGACCAUUUGUUACCAUAGUAAUUAAGUGUACAUCACUAUGUCAUCACCAUGAACUACUUAUGGCUAGAUAGAUAGAUAGAUGUGCAUAUUUUACAUGGCUAGCCUCACAAAUAUCGAGGGAUAUACCCUGUCUAUUAUUUCCAGGAGGGGCCAUGGCUUAGAUGGAGAGUCCUAGAGUAUUUAAUGCUCAUUUUGAGCGACGCAGACCCAAUUAGGGCCCGCGCUCUACUAGACAACUCCCGGCAACAUCCAACGGCCCACACAGUGUGCCAUCUUCCCAAUUUUCCUCACAUGGCUUGGGUUAACCGGGGGCUAUGGUAACAUUCACUCGCCCAUGUUGAAUCGCCGUCAAGAGGAAUCGAAACCCCGGUCUCCCGCACAGAGUACGAGAGCUAUAACCACUAA